AUGAGGAGCGACAUCCACCGCUCCACCGACACGGCACUCGCGCACAAACGCAAACAGGCAGCUCGCUCCUCCGCUUGUCGAGGGGCUUGUAACACGAUCGCCAACCCGUUUAGGCUCCGCCUCGCCACGCUGGCGCGCAUAGGUGCACACAACACUUCUGACUGGGGCCACUCGGGGCGUGUGUCAUCGUCGAGCGCGGCGCACCUCCAGGGGCCCGUCGACGUCAUCGAUGCGCGCUGUCCUCUUGUUCCACGACGGCCGCCAGUUGGCUGCCACGCUUGUGUCCGCGGUUUGAAACCCGGGCCAUCAGCCAAUCCCGCGAGCAGGUGGGAGCCCCCUGGAGGCCGGCCUCGCCGGGCACCUUUCGACGAAUCGCAGGCGAGGGGGAGGUCCGAGGGUGCUUCCGCUCAACGGCGCACAGCGUCGGACUAA